CUUGUAUAAGAAUGAGUUUUGAUAUAAAAUAUAUAUAAUUAUUAAAGAGUAAAAGUAAAGAGUAUUUCUAAAAAUUAUAGUAUAUAAAAGAAACUAAUGAUAUUACGAUUAACUUGUUUUUGCUUUUUAAAAAGUUGUAAAACAAUUUAAAAUAUUUUUUAAUAAUAAAAACUGUAUAAUCAUAAAUAAUUUUUUAAAAUUUGCAAAAUUUUAUUAUAUAUUUAUUAUUAUAUUAUUUAAUAUCAUAUUUUAAUAGAUUUAUUUUAGUGAGGAUGUAUAAUUUACUGCCAUAUUGUAAAAAGUUUACCAAAAAUAUAAAUCAACAUUAAAAUGUAAUAUAUAUUAUUUAAUGUUAUAUUUGAUUAUACUUACUUUAAUGAGAAUGAAUAAUUUACUACCAUAUUCUAAAAUGUUUACCAAAAAUAUAAAUCAACAUUAAAUGUAAUAUAUUAUUUAAUGUUAUAUUUGAUUAUAUUUAUUUUAAUGAAGAUGAAUAAUUUACUACCAUAUUCUAAAAAGUUUACCAAAAAUAUAAAUCAGCAUUAAGUGUAAUAUAUUAUUUAAUAUUAUACUAGAGUUUGGUAAAGACUUUAACCUUCUUCUUUUUUAUUAUUGAUUACUUUUAUGAACUGUUUACCAAAACUCAAAAGUAUAAGAACUGUUUUUUUUUUUUUGGGAGAAAAACAUAUGUACGUUUCUAAAUCUAACAAAGACUUUAACCUUCUUCUUUUUUAUUAUUGAUUAUUUUUUUCGUCUUAUGUUAUAAAAAUGUAUAACUUUGAUAUAAUCGUAAAAAUUUUAAAUAUAUUAUUCCAUUUUAAUUCUAUGUAUGAUGUAAUUCUAAACUUUUAUUGCUUAAGUUUUUAUUUGACAUUGUUAAUAUAUAAAGAUUAUUUUUAUACAUUUUAAUUUGUUAUAAAUUGUUAUUACAUUAUAAUAUAAUUUCAAAUUCGUUACAAUAAAUUCAUAAUUUGAAAUAAUCAAAUAGAUAGCCUCCUUCAAAAUAUAUAUUUUUAUUUCUACAGUUUGCAAGCAAAGUAUAUUUAAAAUUUAUUUAGUUAUACAAUAGAACAGAUAUUUGUUAAGGAUCAUUAAUAUUUCCUUGUUGUGUUUAAAAAUAUAAUUUAGCAUCUAUAAUUUUAGUAUGUAGGAAGAUUUUAAAGAUAAAUAUAUUGUUAAAUUCAGAUAAUCUAUACUUAUUAUUUUAAUAAAUUUUAUACAUGGUUUAAGUUAAACCCCUUUUUAAUGGUGACUCAUAUUUAUAAUAGAAUUGUUUAAAAAAAAUAAAUAACUUAAUUUAUUAAUUUAAUUUAAUUUUUAAUAUUUAAUUCAUAAAGUACUUUUAUUUUAGUAUAAUAUAUAUCUUAUAAUUAGAAAGUUUAUGAAAAUAUCAUAAAUAUUUUUUAUAAUAAAAUUUUAAUGAAAAUUGAUUUGAAUUAAAUUAUAAUCCUAAUUAAGAAAUUAAUAAAUGCAUUAUUAUAUAAAACUUAUUUAUUUUUUUGUUAGAUUAUUUCAACAUGACUUUUUAAUUAAAAAUAAAAUUAAAACAGUUUUUUAUGUGAAGUUGUUAUAUAUAUAUAUAUAUAUAUUGAUUAUAUAAGAUGUGAUAUGUUAAUGAUGUAAACAUGUUAAGUAGAAAUAAAUGAGAUAUGAUUUUCUAAGAAAUUUUCAUUUUAAAAAAAAUCACACAUAAAUAGAAGUUGUGACUUCUACUUUAAUAGAAUAGAUUUGAAAAGAUUUACUUUAAAGGGAUGAAUAAAUUACUACCAUAUUUUUUAAAAAAAUUACCAAAAAUAUAAGCCAACAUUAAAGGAAAAAUGAUUGUAGAGAUGACUUAUGUGAAAUAAAUUUGCAAACAAUAUAGAGGGGAUAUGGUCAUAUGGUUUUCCUAUUUAAUCAUGAGUGUGCAGGACUUUCAAACAAUCAUCUAAUAUUAUUGUAUUUGAAAUAAUAAAAUAUUCUGAAAGGAAAAGUACACAUCAAAAUGAUGAAUCGCCUUUUGUGUUUUCAGCUUGUCAUUACAUUGUGCUUUGGGUUGAGUUACGCCAAGUUCUACGAGAAAGACUCCGUACAUUUUAAUAACUCUCUUAAUCCAAACAAGGUUCUCAAAGUUCAUUGUAUAUCGGACCAAGAUGACUUUGGCGACCACUUUUUAAGCCCGGGACAAACUUAUGAUUUUAGCUUUUAUGAAAGUAUUACGAAAACAAAGGUCGAUUGUGACUUAUGGCAGGGACCUGAUUUCAGGUUUCAUGCAAAGUUCAGGGCAUAUAAAGGUGGUGGAUUCAUCGUUCAUUAUGGCAAGAAAAACUUUUGGGAUGCCAGAGAAGAUGGGAUUUACUUCACACAUGGUAAAGAGUUACCCAAGUUGGAGUAUAAUUGGUCAAUUCAGUAUUUAAUUACUCCAAUGAACUGACAUCUAGAUCCUCUUUGUUUAAGCUGAAAACAAAUAUCUUAUAUCCUAUGAAUAAAAGGUUGCAACAUUUAUCAUGUGUCUGACUAUUGGUGGAUUUAGGAGUUUUUCUGUUUAUUAAGAACAAACACAAUUUUUCAUUAUUUAUUUUUCACAAAACAUAGUUAAAAAAUCUCGAAUACAUUUCAAGGUUUAGAUACCGGGAAAGUAGUUUUAAGAGUCGGAUAAAUGGUCCCCUAAAACCAAGUAGAUUUUGGUCUCCACGUAUCUCUCUUGGGUAGGGCGAAGUUCAUCUCAAAAGAAAGAAGACUUGGGAUCAUCUCAUCUUCGCAACAAGAUUUCAACGAAUUUUUAGAUUGUAUCAUCCUUACAUCUCCUAACAAUACACAAUCAAAAAAAAAUUGUAAAUUUGCAACCAGAGCCGGUCCUAGUAAUUAUUUGACUACAAGCAAACAUAAAAAUGUGGCAUAUAACUUUUUUUUUUUUCAAAACUUCUUCAAUGGGGAAUUGAAUACUUGACCUUUAGCAUUUUGUAUGAUAUACCCAAACAACUACAACUACGAAAAAUUAUCUAUCAAAAUAUGACCGCUAAAAUACUUAAUCUCUUGCGAGCGGAAGCACCAGCUUGUUUGGCUUCCGGCUAGGGCCGGCUCUGUUUACAAUCAUCUAGAAAAGACCCGUAAUGUUGAAGAAAAUCAGAAAAUGGAGUACAAGUUAACAAGCAAUAAGUUCGAACAAUGCUUUCCGGUUUACAAAUAACCAAACCAAGAAACCGAGUUCCUUAAUAGUAGAAACCGGAUCGGUUCACGAACACGGUUCGCCAACAUAUCAUUAUCCUCUGAAGAAAGUCCAUCUCUUUUCUAUCGACAAAAUCCCAACUUUCAUUACGAGAUUGUAGAAUAAUUAGGGGAGCAAUCUAGAAGGAAGAAGCAAUCAACUUUCUCCAGAUUCCCCCUCUUAUACAGGUAAGUAAGAAGUUGAAUUGAGUGGAUUAGAUUCAAUAUGAGACCCGCACUCGCCUUCUGAUGUCACUGUUUCGGAUCUUCAUCAAUCAGGACGACGACGACGACGAUAUGGCUACAUCGAAGAAAGUGAUCACGCGUGAGGAGUGGGAGAAGAAGCUAAACGCUGUCAAGCUUAGGAAACAAGACAUGAACACUCUCGUCAUGAACUUUCUUGUCACCGAGGGUUACGUUGACGCUGCUGCCAAGUUCCAAAGGGAGUCUGGCACCAAACCAGAGAUCGAUCUCGCCACCAUCACUGAUCGAAUGGCUGUUAAAAAGGCUGUUCAAAACGGUCACGUCGAGGAUGCUAUUGAAAAAGUUAAUGACUUGAAUCCUGAGGUAUACAACAACAAUCAAUCAAUGCCUUCUCUCUCUCUUCUUGUGUGAUCCGUCUUGGAACAUGUGCUUGCAGAUACUCGACACAAAUCCGGAGCUGUUCUUUCAUCUUCAGCAGCAAAGGCUGAUUGAACUUAUUCGACAAGGGAAGACUGAAGAAGCCUUGGAGUUUGCUCAGGAGGAACUUGCUCCACGUGGCGAAGAAAACCAAGCGUUUCUUCAAGAACUG